GAUUCUGCAACACUGCUCAACUGUGGCUAUACGCACCAAGCUCUGUGUGACGAACUCCAGUAUCAGAACUGCCUCGAGCAGAAGAUAGACCUAAUUCACGACAGUCCAGCGGGUGAUGAAUCCCCGGUGUAUGAAGAACUUCACAACAUCACGAAAAUAAUUGACGUCAACAAACAAUGUUUGCAUUAUUUGGGUGGCAUCACGGAUCUGGAGGAUUUCUACUCGGACUUAACUGCUCUCAAUACGAAGCGUGCAUUAGAACUUGUCUCACAAAGAAUGGGAUCUCGGUUUUGGAAACGGAAAUUAUCUGGAAAGGUGAAGAAAGCGUGGGAUAACAUUGGACGAUACUCCGAGCUGGUCACGAUGCACGUAAAAAACGCAGCUGAUUUUCAUCAGUUUUACUAUGACGCCCGGCAAAUAGAAGUCAAGCUAAAUGAAAGAUGUGCGAAGUUUGCUUGCGAGAAGGAACGCGGACACUGGGAGAAUUGUGAAGGUUCUGUCAUUGAAGCGAGAAAUCUGGCGAAUCAGAUAAAGAAUGACUUUCAACAUAUGGACCAUCUGUCUUCUCGUGCAUAUGAAAUCCUCGGACGUGCAGGUUCGAUUGUCCCAAUCCACUUGCGUCAGGCACGCCUAAAGCGCCCAGUGAAAGGCAUCAUGCUGUGCGACUAUGAGACAACGUUUGCCAAGCUGUCUGCCGGUGAUACCGUUUUUGUACUGACAAACUCAGGCCUGGAUGAAGAGGGUAGCACAGAAAAUAGUUCAACAACUGGAACAAGUACAACUGAAUACAGUGCUUCUUCACACGUAGAAUCGACUACCAGCGAAGAGAUUGACGACAACAGUUUGGCAAAAACAUCAAGAAGACCAACAGAUGUCCAGCCCACUGGGCGAACGGUGCACGCGCACUUUCCUUCGGAAACAAUGGACUCUAGCGCAGCUUCGGACACUGCUUCAUCGGCCUCCACAUCAUACCUGACAAAUGGUUCUUAUCAAGGAAUAUCAGCUGCAAAGUUACACUGGCAUGUACGUACACCUGACGGUAGAGUCGAUUGCCGUGUUCCGUCGGUAUGUGUGCUACUUCCGGCACCUGACAUUGAUGCCCAUCAGCGGGCAGUUGCUCUGAAUCAUGUCCUUCUCACCGCCUGGAAGGAGAUCAUUGACGAGAGACUCGCCAUCUCCCUCGAAUUCUUCAAAUGCUUCCUACGACGUCUUUGCGAAACUGAUCGCGUUAACGCGGCAGAUGAUGAAGCAUUUAAGCGUUUGCUGCAGGAGUUGCGUUACUCAUUAAUGGCACCUCCUACUGCAGACAACGAAGAAACUAAGAACAAAGAGCUGAUCGAACUGGUGAAUGCAGUCCAAACACAUUGGGAGAAAACACGUAACGGUGAGGAAGGUACAGGAGGAAGUGAAAUUCAUUUGAAGCGAACCGACAUAUCAACUUUCAAUAACGUACUCUUCUGGAUAAAGACUCAUAUGCAAACAAAUCGGGAAUAUGAACAACGGCUGCUAUCGACAAGCAAAUUUGACCAACAGGCGGAUGAAAUAAGAAUGGACCACUACCGAAUAACGGAAGCCAUUGAAUUACUAAAGUAAUAUGCCACUUUACUUUUGUCAGUAAUUGUACUUGUUUUUAGUGAAGUUGUGAAAAAGGACCGUGAAAAGGUCAACGAGCUGCUGAAAGAACUACAAUUGUGGAACCAGCGACAUGCAUGGAAAUUUGUCUCAAGAGGUUCACCGCCACCUAGCUCGUUAAGCGAUUGGGCGACAACAUCCGAGUCUGAUAUAUCUGACACGGAUAUUUCUCUGGUAGACAGUGGAACUUCUAAAACAGAGAUGAAGACUGUGUUAGAAAAAAAGCAUCUAACUGUUUCAACGAAAGAAUAUUACCCCAGCAUGACAUACGCUCUACCAGCAAUUUUUACCUACAACCACGGAAGUUGUUCGGAGGAGGCCUCCAGCGACAGCUCAAGUAUUUAUGAAGUUAAUUGGGAAGAUGGUACAAAACUGCUUUAUCGCUGGAGACCUUACUCCGGGACCGAGUCGCCAGACAGGGCUAGUCAUUCAGCGUCUUCGACGGAAAGUGAAGAUGUUGAUUUGGAACAGUAUAUACUACACUCUCGUGAUAAAAGCGUUCCGGUCGAAAUCACAUCGCAAAGAGAAUCAGGUCCGAGGCGAGAGAAAAAAAUGUACAGAAGUCUUAGGUUACUCAACACAUCUAAGCUGGACUCCAAGUACUCCGUUGUUUACAUCGAGGUUGCUAAAACACCACAACAGGCUUCAGGAAAGGAGGGAACAGAAGUCAGCAUCCUUGACCAAAAAGACAAGAUGGUUCAGGUUGACACGACCAUUAGAAUGCCGCGCGUAAGAAAAAUAGUCGAAGUCAAGGAAGAGGAAGAUGAAAGUUCAAUAAGAAGAAGCAGGCGAAUGACGAGGAUUUUUGCUCCAAAACAAAAAAUGAAGGAAGCAGCAGUGCAGAGCAUUAUAGAGAGAAAACACUGCGAAACUCAAACCAAAAUGCCAAGCGAACAGGGUGCAAUUAGGGAGGAAACAAAAGAUACAGAAGAGGAAGAACAAUCACUCAUAACCAUCCGAGAAAUAAAAAUAAAAGGAACAGGGUUAACAAAGGAAGAUUAUGGAAAAAAAGGUACUGACAAGGAAGAAACCGAAGAAAACAGAGAAAAAACAGGGGAACAGGCAAAUAAAAAGUAUACAAAAGAGAAAAAAAUGUUGUCAGAAACCAGAAGAUACGAAAGAGAGAAGCAAAGAAAGACGGCUGAACAAAAGGACGUCCCAACGGAGAUGAUCGACGCUUGGUGUUCGGCAAGCUC